GGCUCAAAGAAAAAGUGGAAUAUCGAUAGAUGGGAUUGGUUGUUUCGCGUCAUUUCUCGUCAAGCCACCAUUAAUAUCGGGACUAUUGGUCACGUAGCUCACGGGAAAUCAACUUUGGUGAAGGCUAUUUCCGGUGUACACACGGUUAAAUUCAAAAAUGAAUUGGAGAGGAAUAUCACUAUAAAACUAGGAUAUGCAAAUGCGAAGAUAUACCGAUGUUCCAACAUAGAUUGUCCUCGUCCUGGCUGUUACAGAUCAGCUGGCUCAUCAACCCCAGAUCGUUUCCCAUGUGAACGGCAAGGUUGUGGAGGGCAAUUCACCUGUGUUCGUCACGUGUCUUUUGUCGAUUGCCCUGGUCAUGACAUUCUUAUGGCAACCAUGCUUAACGGCGCUGCAGUUAUGGACGCCGCUUUUUUGCUAGUUGCAGGAAAUGAGCCAUGCCCACAACCUCAGACAUCCGAGCACUUGGCAGCUGUUGAGAUUAUGCAAUUGCAACAUCUCCUGAUCCUUCAGAAUAAAGUGGAUAUCAUCAAGGAAUCUCAAGCUCGAGAGCAGUAUGAUCAGAUCAAGUCUUUCGUGCAAGGUACAGUUGCUGAUAAAGCUCCAGUGAUUCCAAUUUCUGCACAGCUCAAAUACAACGUUGAUCUUGUGUGUGAAUAUCUGUGCAAAAAAGUGCCAGUUCCACCUCGCGACUUCACCUCUCCUGCUCGCCUCAUUGUCAUCCGCUCAUUCGAUGUAAACAAGCCUGGAUCAGAAGUCGAGAAUUUGAAGGGAGGAGUGGCUGGAGGCUCAAUCUUAAGAGGAAUUCUCCGUGUUGGUCAAGAAAUAGAGGUGCGCCCCGGUAUUGUAUCCAAAUCGAGCGAUGGUAAAGUACAUUGUCGACCCAUCUUCUCGAAAAUAGUUUCCUUAUUUGCUGAACAAAAUCAUCUCGAGUAUGCUGUUCCUGGAGGUUUGAUUGGUGUUGGUACAAAAAUUGACCCAACGUUAUGUCGUGGUGAUCGCUUGGUGGGUCAUAUUCUGGGUGCCGUUGGAACCCUACCUGACAUUUUCACGGAGAUCGAGAUUAAUUUCUUCCUACUACGACGGCUUCUUGGUGUGCGUACUGAAGCUAACAAGAAAGCAGCUAAAGUUCAAAAAUUGGCGAAAGGAGAAGUGCUCAUGGUCAACAUAGGGUCUUUAUCUACUGGUUGCCGUGUGAUCGCUGUGAAAGGUGAAGCGGCGAAGAUCGCCUUAACUGAUCCUAUAUGCACAGAGGUGCGUUAUGAGAAAAUCGCGCUCUCACGGCGUAUUGAGAAACACUGGCGGUUGAUUGGAUGGGGUACGAUUCGACGUGGAGUCACCAUCGAGCCAGUCAAAGCUGAGCACUGUUAG